UCCACCUCUGCACAGUGCAACAGCAGCAGUAACAGAAGCAGGAGCUGUAACCAGCCUGCAGCAGCAGCAGCAGCAGCACAGUCUCCUGGGUCAUUAACCUGUCGCGUGUGGGACAACUAAAAGAAGACGGAUAUUGGCUUCUGUGGGAAUUAAAACAGCAGAUACGACACAGCUGUGGUUAUUUUUCUUUUUUUUUUGGGAGAGCUUUUGUGUUGCCAGGCAAGAGAAAGUCCGAGCAGCCAUGAUGGUUCAUCCGAUAUCUGCCACAUCACUCAGCUGCUUCUGACCGAACCCGAUUUAGCAAACCGAAGAUGUCAGCGUGCAGUGACUUUGCAGAACACGUGUGGAAACCGGGCUCUUGUAAGAACUGCUUCCACCCGUUCAGUGCGCACCACAAGACUGUCAGCGGCCUGAGUGGCAGUGUGCCAACCGCUUGUUUGAAGAGCACCCCAGGAGGCGAUGAAGAAGCUGGAGUGACCUCGCCUUCACCCUACAGCAAGCCAACCAUCGCUGUCAAACCUACUGUGAUGAACAUUGACACCAACGAGUCGGUGACUGAUGUCAACAUGAACAUAGAGCAGGAGAACACAAAGAGCCCAGUUGAGCGUUUGGGCCUGAAGAAGCUCUUGGACCUGUCGUCUCUUUACAUUGACAAUAACGGCUGCAACAAGGCCCACCGAGAUGCGGUUCUUCAGAGUCCUGAAGCCAAGAUGGACUACAACAACUGCUACUCUCUGUCUUCUCUAUCCCCCAACAUCCUGCCUAAAGACUCCAUGAUUAUUAGCAACAUCUUCGUCACCCAGGAAGACGGUAGAGGUUCUCAGAGUUUAAAGAAGAACGCCAACGGGGACGCUUGUAGGCAGCAGAAUACAACCCCCACCAGAACCAAGAGCACUUACAAUGGAAUUGGUGUGACCACCAGAGCAAAUUGUCAGGAGUCCAAUCAGGUGUCUGUGGAGAUACCUUUUUCUGUGGAUAUUGUCCCGUCCAGUCCUCCCACGGUUAAUAGCAAUGGUAUCAGCAGUGGAAGUACUGCUGCUGUUACAGCAAAGACAUCCAGCACUUCCCCUGCCACAGCUUUAAGUGUGGACACUAAUAGUCAUAAUCCCCCACCAUCCCUUCACUCUCCUCCCGUCUUGUCUGCUCAGACCAGCUUAUCGGAUUCCUCUUGUUCUUAUCGUAGUAGUACAGAUUCACUUCCUGGGGCAGAAGGGUCAGGAGGAAGACGAGAUAGGUCAGGGAGCCCCCAAAGCCCACCAGCUUUGGGUAGCCCGCAAUCAGCUCCCAACUCUCCCAAUGGAAAGUCAGACUCGGAACCCAUUUAUGCAGAGAGCACCAAGAAAAAGCGCAGGCAGCAAGGACAUGGGGUGCAAUCCCAUCCUGUGUCGCCAAACCAGACUAAGAACUCCUCCCAGGGCUCUGAGUCCUCAGCAGAGAGUCAGCGGACCACCAUCACUGUAAUGGCUACUCACACAGAGCAGAACAACAGAACUUUCUACCUGAGCAGUCCAGAUUCAGCCAUCAGCACCCAAUGCCACUUCAGCCCCACAGCACGUAAAGACCCCAGCAGCCCGGCCUUCCGCUGGCCCAGCCCCAGCCACAGCGCCCCCUCUUUGGUGACAGAAGCCAGCCCAACUCUUCACCCCAAGCCUCAGUCUAGCCCACCCAUUCCCCCCAAAAGGACCACCCGUUCCCCCAAACUGGGCACCUCUAGCCUCUCACCGUCCAUCUCCUCUCCGGUGCCUCUUCCUGAUCUCCCUAGACUGGGCACCUCUAGCCUCUCACCGUCCAUUUCGUCCCCCGUCCCUCUCCCCGAACUCCCCAUGCUUUUCCUCGUCUCUGCUAGAGAGGGCCACUUCAAGGUCCACACAGACAACCACAGCGCAGCGGUGUCCGAACGCUGGCACAAGCCCCACCACCACAGCUCCGGCUGGAACUGUCGCAUCGAGGAAGAAGAGGAGGAGGACGAGAGGGAGCGGAAAGAGGGGGAGAAUAAGAAGUUGGCCGCCGACCCAGGGCCAACCUCUCGGGAGACAGGCCUGGUCAAUGGUGCCGCUGUCUGGAAGGAGGCCAGGGACUGGAAGGCCCACAGCAGCCCCCCUCUGAUGACAGAGCCAGGCACGGCCCCCCCGGCUGCCCCCAACAAUGGUGCCUGUCAGGGGGAGACUGAGGGCACCGGUGCAGAGGAGGAGGUCAAGCAUAACGGGAGCAUGCCGUCCAAGCAACCGGUGCAUGGCGGCUCAUCAGAGCUGCUGGCAGCAGGGAAGGGAGCCAACAAUGAGUCCAAUCCACCGCCUCCCCCACCUAAGAAACUGCACAGAGUGUGUAGUAAGAUGAGUGGCAGCAACAUGGAGCUGGAUCGCUGCAGCCAACAAGGGUCAGUGGAGAGUCCUACUUCAUCUCUACGAGGCCUGAGCAGCUCCAGCCUACCCACAGCCUCCUCUGACAACCUGACUGCUGACACUGGGUCUCGGGAUGCUACACGGAUGUCUUGUUCCUCUCCAUUUUCCAAAAGUCCAGCGGCCUCAGCUCCAGGGUCUCCUCACCCGCCCUCUGUGAACAGCUUAAGUAACCAGCCACCUCCACUCCCAGAGAAGAAAAUGGUCAACCGCACUGUGUCAGCUCCAGAUAACUCGAACGGAAGACCCUUUGUCCGAGCCUACCCACGCCUUCCGUUCUCGGGCUCGGAGAGCAACGUGUGUCGACCUGCUGAUGUCAACUCACGGUCCAGUUUACCAUCCAGCCCGGUUGACCCACGACCCAUUUUCUCUUCCAAUGAGUCUCUGGAGCGCUGCCAUGCCCCGCUAAGCCGACCCUCGAGGUCCCGGACACUGGAUGAGCCACUAAAGACUCACGGGCGUCUGGGCGUCCACUGCCGGAGCAGUAUCACCUGCUCCUCUUCCCCCCAACUCAGCGUGCCCUUCUCGGCCUCAGAACCGAGCUCUGCUCCAAACCUGGGCUCCAGCCUGCAGCUCCAGACUCUUCUCAGUAACAUAGACAGUAGGGAGGGCGUGUACUCCAAACUGGGAGGCCUGUACGCCGAGUCUCUGCGGCGCUUGGCUCUUAAAUGUGAGGAUCACUUCACUCACUCCCAGAGGAACCCACUGAGGUUUGAGGAGAGCAACUGGUCUCUGUUCAGGCUCACCUCUAACAAGCCCAGCUGCAACUCAGGAGAUGCUGUGUACUACUCUGCUGCCUGCGCUUCAGACCCCACCAACUCCUAUGCUGUAAAGAUCUGCAAGAGUCCAUCCAUGGAUGCCAAACAGGGUCAUCUCUACGGUCUGUCGGUGCAGCAGAGCAUGCCUCCCCACUUCAACCUGCAGCAGGACUGUGGCCACUUUCUCGCUUGCGUCCCCCAGAGCAUGUUGCCUUCUGACGAAGUCUCUCUGCCCACCACACCUGCUUCGUCGCUGCCUCAGCCCUCCACGUCUGCGCCAGGCCAGCAGACAGAACGAGAGCGAGUGGUGGUCAUCACUUCUGAGAUCCCUCAGCAGACAGCGGCAGACUUCGUUCGGGAGUGGGCGGCGUUUCAUAAAACUCAGCCAGAAGUGUAUGAGCGCCGGAUAUGCUUCCUCCUCCUGCAGCUCUGCCAUGGCCUGGAGCACUUGAAGGAGCACGGGGUCACGCAUCGCGACCUCUGCCUCGAAAACCUGCUGCUGGUGCCUCAUGUUCGUAGGUCCUCCCAGUUCCCCCAAAAGACCACCACUGACAACAGCACCAGUAACGGUUCAAGUGGUGUGGACAGUCAGCGUCUUCCCCGGCUCCUCAUCAGCAACUUUGCUAAGGCCAAGCGCCGCUCCGCCGAGGAUGCCGCCUCAACCAGUGUGGACCCUCGCAUCAAGCGUGACCACGCCAGACUGGCACCUGAGAUCCUCUCAGCAGCACAGUACCGUAAAUUUGACGAGUUCCAGACUGGCAUCCUAAUCUACGAGCUCCUCCACCAACCCAACCCGUUUGAGGUGAGCCCAGCUCUGAAGGAGCAAGACUACCGCUGUGAGGAUUUGCCUCCAAUCCCCUCGGUCUCCCUUUACUCAGCCGGCCUCCAGAGGCUGGCUCAACUUCUGCUCCAACCCGACCCCAUCAAACGCAUCCAUAUCCAGGAGGCCAAGCGCAUACUGCAGAGCCUGCUCUGGGGCCCCAGGAGGGACCUGAUGGAGCAGCAGUGGGAGAGGCACGGACAGGGGGUCGGCUUUGUCGACGGAUCCCGGCACGAGGGCCUCCUGAACUGGCUGGAUGUGAAACGGGCGCUGUUGAUGAUGAAGUUCGCCGAGCGUUCGCUGGAGCCAGAGAGGAACGCGGAGCUGGAGGACUGGUUGUGCUGUCAGUACUUUUCCUCGGCUCACCCUCUGUCUCUCUGCCAUACUGCUGAACUGCUCUACUCGCUAAAGUGACGCCUCACUUUGGGGGUCGGAAACGUGCGAGUGGAGCUUACGUAACGUGUGAAUGUGUGUGCGCAAAAGACCAACAAUGUUAAUGUCUAGACACUAUGGAUGGGAGACAAUGUGAAACUACCCACCUGUUUGCGCUACUGCUGCAUGCACGAGAGCCAUGCAACAACCUAACCGUCCACUCUGUACACACACAUCUUGCUACAGACUUAGCAAAGAAACGACCUGUGAAAAUUCAACUGUUUUUAAAUGUUCCUGUAGCAGUCACAGACGUACGGACAAAAUCACUAAAACAUUCACUUACCAACUAGAAUCGCUUUGUGCCAGUGAUGCUGAUGAAUACAUUUGUUAAAAAAAGGAAAAGUCCUAUAAUACAUUUACCAAAGUUCCAUGUUUGACACUGUAUUGUGUGUAUUUAUUAAAUAUUACUUACCCAGUGAGAACAGGCUAUCAAUUCAUAGCAUUAUUCUGUGUCAGCCAGCUUUGCAAAGUAAUGCUGUGUCAUGUCUACAUAAAUGUGCAGCUAACUUUUUAAGUUUAACAGAAACACGAGGUCACAAGCAGACUGUUGCACCUUUUCUGUCAUGUUUAUUCAUGGGCACCUCGUACUGUAUACUGUGCACACAUAAAGUCAAGGUAACCAAAUCCACAGGAAGUUGCAGAACAAUGCCUCCUCCUCAGUGAAUACUGGUGUACAAGUUGCACAAUCCUUGUUAGACAGCAUUGCAUAACAAGGACUUAGCAUGAAUUAAUCAUAAGCCAUGCUGUCUAACGACUAAAUAUUAAUUGGACCGACAAAACAAUUGGCAACGUUUGCGAUUGCUUCGACUGAGUGGAUGCCCAGUUUCUCCUCACGCUUACCUUUUUAGUAUAUAUUUAAAUGUUUUUGACAUCUGUCACAGUGCCUUUUGUUCUUUGUAUAUGUUACAGUGACUCAGAAGCCAAAUGUAAAUAUUCCUGAUCAUUCGUCCUUCGUGAAACUGGCCUUUCACAGAAUGUUCUAGAAACAACUUUGUACAGUAAUUUGUAGAUGAUAUUAGAAGAAGAAAAAAAUGAGCCCAAGCAGGUCUUAAAAAGCCAUGAAUAUGAGCAGCGGUUAAAACAUAUUUAUAAUUUGUUAUCCUUGUAGUAGUCACUGGAAUUUCUCUGUUUAUUUUCAUAUGUGGAUUAUCAAGUGAUUUGUUUUUGGCGCAGCAGCAGCUGGGCCUGUUUUUUGUUUGUUUGGAUUUUUUUUUGCCUCCUGCGUCCCAUGUAGGCUGCAGAGAGAGCGUUGAGUUCAUGGGUAUUUUAUCUCCAACAAAGAGUUUCCUAAUAAAGUCCAGAAUUUAACAGUCUGCACCAGGUUUUAGUCUGUGACUGACUGAUGUUUUUAAUGUUGCAGAAACAAACAUGGUCAGAUCUUACAACUAA